AUGAAGCCCAACCCCACAGGCUCCUCCCCAGAGAUCUGCAAAGCUGCAGGCCAGGCACCGGCACUGCAGCAGAAGACUCAAGCCAGAUCCACACAGGCCCCCAGGCAGAAGGUGCUGGUGACAGGAGGAGGCGGCUACCUGGGCUUCAGUCUGGGGUCCAGCCUGGCCAAGAGCGGCACAGCUGUCAUCCUGCUCGACCUCCGCAGACCCCGGUGGGAGCUGUCCCCGGGGACCGAGUUCAUCCAGGCUGACGUCCGAGACGAAGACGCCCUGUACCGCGCGCUGGAGGGGGUGGACUGUGUCUUCCACGCGGCCUCCUACGGGAUGUCCGGUGCUGAGAAGCUGCAAAAAGAGCAGAUCGAGUCUAUAAAUGUCGGAGGCACCAAACUAGUGAUCGACGCCUGCGUCCGCCGGCGGGUCCCGCGGCUCGUCUACACCAGCACCGUCAACGUGGCGUUUGGCGGGAAGCCCAUUGAGCAGGGUGACGAGGACUCCGUGCCGUACUUCCCCCUGGACGAGCACAUGGACCACUACUCCCGAACCAAAGCCAUCGCGGACCAGUUGACCCUGAUGGCUAACGGGACACCUCUCCCAGGAGGAGGAACUCUUCGGACCUGUGUCCUCCGGCCGCCGGGGAUUUACGGCCCUGAAGAGCAGAAACACCUGCCCCGAGUUGCGAGCCACAUCAAGAAGAGGAUGUUCCUGUUCCGCUUCGGGGACCGCAGGGCGAGGAUGAACUGGGUCCACGUGCGCAACCUGGUGCAGGCACACGUGCUGGCCGCGGAGGCGCUCACCGCGGCCCGGGGCUACGCGGCUAGUGGGCAGGCGUACUACAUCAACGACGGGGAGAGUGUCAACCUCUUUGAGUGGAUGGCCCCGCUGUUUGAGAAGCUGGGGCACCGCCAGCCCUGGGUCCAGGUGCCUACUUCCUGGGUUUACCUGACAGCCGCCGUGAUCGAGUACCUGCACCUGGCCCUGAGACCGGUCGGCAGCGUCCCCCUGCUGCUCACCCGCAGCGAGGUGCUGUCGGUGGCCGUGACGCACACCUUCCAGAUCGCCAAGGCCCGAGCUCAGCUUGGCUAUACGCCGGACAAGUUCAGCUUCGCCGACUCCGUGGAGCGCUACAUACAGUCCACGAGCCGGCAGCCCCCAGCCUCCGCGGCGCGGACACUUCCGCGGAUGCUGCUCGGGCUCCUGCUGCUUCUCGGCCUGCUCGGCCUAGCCCUGCACUUGCUAGGCCUGCAGCCUCUGCAGGCGGCCGGGCAGAGCCUCUGAUCGCCGCUGCCCUGCCACGCG